AUGGAUGUAACGGCGCUGGACAACCCAGCGUAUAGUCAUCUUUCUCUUGAUGAUAAAAAGGAAUAUUUGAAAUACAGAACCAGCCAACAGAAGAGCCUUGAUGAUGUUAAAUUCGACACAAAAUCAGAUACCAGUGACCCACCAUUCUCUGAGCCAGGGAGCGAAGAGGCUUUCGCAUAUUCGUAUUCCAAGGACUUGAUAUCCAGACGACGGACGAAACGAGUACUAUGUGUAGUAGUGGUGCUUGCGGUGAUCGUCGCUGCGGCGGUUAUCGGAGCUGUGGCUUACGUUAUAUAUAGCGAUGUAGCCUCCAAGAACAGUGGAUCGGAGAGUCUGCCGCAGGUCGCACCAGAGAAUAUGACCUACUAUGUACCUAUAAGAGUGGAUUACAACGUAUCCAACUGUCCGGAUGCCGAAGACGAAGAAAAAUUUGUAAAUGACUAUGUUGAGAAGGAACUGGCACCUGCAUGUGUCAAGGGUGAUUGUCGAAUUGGAAAUGUCAAGUCAGACUGUACUCAAACGGACACAGGUAAAGCAAGGCGAAGGCGCGCACUCAACAACAACCUUGGAAUCGAGUGUGGCGUCGUUGGUAAAGACAAAGAUGGCGUUAGUCAAAUCGCUGAUGACAUCCAGCAGAAAAUAGACACAGCUGAGUCCACGUUGGAUUGGCUCCAGGAACAAGAUUACGGGAUCAACGUCGAUGGUUCAUCGGGUUCUUGUGCGGUAUCUGACCCAGUUCUGGUGCCAGAGGAUGAAAUAGAUUAUGUGGAUCAGAUCGUCGUAACGGAGGAACCGCCCAACACAGAAUGUCUUGGUGUUAUCGUGGAUUGGUAUAUUCCCGAUGUUAUGGACGACACGAAAUAUUACCAAUGUGUAGACGGGAUGACAAUACAAAGAGAGUGUGCCCCUGGAUCUUGUGUUCCGCUUGAUUUCGUCGCUGGAGAGAAUCUUCCAUGCUCAGUGACCUGUGGUCAAAUUCCAGUUACAGACUCAACAGAAAGCCCAGAAGUAACUGAUUCGCCUGAAAGACCAGAUACAACAGAGUCGCCUGAAAGUCCACAAGUAACUGAAUCGAUUGAAAGUCCGGAAGUAACAGAGUCCCCUGAAACUUCAGAAGUAACUGAGUCGCCUGAAAGUCUAGAAGUAACUGAGUCGUCAGAAAGUCAAGAGAGUACAGAUUCGCCAGAAAAUGAUUGUUUGGGAGUAUCUGGAAAUUGGUUUAUCAAAGAUAUUUUCGACAAUACAAAAUUCUAUCAAUGUGAGUAUGGGUUACCUGUCCAUAGGGAUUGUGCUCCGGGAAGUUGCGUACCCUUGUUCUUCGUCGCAGGGGAGGAGAAUCCAUGUACUGAGAUAUGUGAUCAAGUCCCUGUGACUGAUUUACCAGAAAGUCCAGAAAGUACAGAUGCACCAAUAAGCUCAGAAAGUACAGCUUCCCCGGGAAGUCCAGAAAGUACUGAUUCGCCAGAAAGCACUGAAAGUACAGAAUCACCAGAAAAUGAAUGUUUGGGCGUAACCGAAAACUGGUUUCUCAAAGAUUUAUUUGACAAUACUAAAUUCUAUCAAUGUGAGUAUGGGUUACCUGUCCAUAGGGAUUGUGCUCCGGGAAGUUGCGUACCCUUGUUCUUCGUCGCAGGGGAGGAGAAUCCAUGUACUGAGAUAUGUGAUCAAGUUCCAGUGACUGAUUCACCAGAGAGUCCAGAGAGUACUAAUCCUCCGGAAAGUCCAGAAAGUACUGAUUCACCUGAAAGCACAGGAUCACCAGAAAAUGAUUGUUUGGGAGUAACUGGAAACUGGUUUCUAAAAGAUAUAUUCGACAAUACUAAAUUCUAUCAAUGUGACAAUGGGUUACCUGUCCAUAGGGAUUGUGCCCCUGGAAGUUGCGUGUCCUUUUUCUUUGUCGCUGGAGAGGAGAAUCCAUGUACUGAGAUAUGUGAUCAAGUCCCUGUGACUAAUUCACCGGAAAGUUCGGAGAGCACAGAUUCACCAGAAAGUCCAGAAAGUACAAAUUCUCCAGAAAGCCUCGAGACCACAGAAUCAUCAGAAAAUGGUUGUUUGGGAGUAACUGGAAACUGGUUUCUCAAAGACGUAUUCGACAAUACUAAAUUCUAUCAGUGUGACAAUGGGUUACCUGUCCAUAGGGAUUGUGCCCCUGGAAGUUGUGUGCCUUUCUUCUAUGUCGCAGGGGAUGAGAAUCCAUGUACUGAGAUAUGUGAUCAAGUCCCUGUGACUGAUUCACCAGAAAGUCCAGAAAGUACGGAUUCACCAGAAAGUACAGAUUCCCCAGAAAGCCCCGAGAGCACUGAAUCACCAGAAAAUGGUUGUUUGGGAGUAACUGGAAACUGGUUCCUCAAAGACGUAUUCGACAAUACUAAAUUCUACCAAUGUGACAAUGGGUUACCUGUCCAUAAAGAUUGUGCCCCUGGAAGUUGUGUACCCUUGUUCUUUGUCGCUGGAGAGGAGAAUCCAUGUACUGAGAUAUGUGAUCAAGUCUCUGUGACUGAUUCACCAGAAAGUCCAGAAAGUACAGAUUCACCAGAAAGUUCAGAAAGUACCGAUUCACCUGAGAGUCCAGAGAGCACAGAAUCACCAAACGGUUGUUUGGGAGUUACUGGAAACUGGUUUCUCAAAGACAUUUUUGACAAUACCAAAUUCUACCAAUGUGACAAUGGUUUACCUGUCCAUAGGGAUUGUGCCCCUGGAAGUUGUGUGCCUUUCUUCUAUGUCGCAGGGGAAGAGAAUCCAUGUACUGAGAUAUGCGAUCAAGUCCCUGUGACUGAUUCACCAGAAAGUUCAGAAAGUACAGAUUCACCAGAAAGUACAGAUUCCCCAGAAAGCCCCGAGAGCACUGAAUCACCAGAAAAUGGUUGUUUGGGAGUAACUGGAAACUGGUUCCUCAAAGACGUAUUCGACAAUACUAAAUUCUACCAAUGUGACAAUGGGUUACCUGUCCAUAAGGAUUGUGCCCCUGGAAGUUGCGUACCCUUGUUCUUUGUCGCUGGAGAGGAGAAUCCAUGUACUGAGAUAUGUGAUCAAGUCCCUGUGACUGAUUCACCAGAAAGUCUAGAAAGUACAGAUUCACCAGAAAGUUCAGAAAGUACCGAUUCGCCUGAGAGUCCAGAGAGCACAGAAUCACCAAACGGUUGUUUGGGAGUUACUGGAAACUGGUUUCUCAAAGACAUUUUUUACAAUACCAAAUUCUACCAAUGUGACAAUGGGUUACCUGUCCAUAGGGAUUGUGCCCCUGGAAGUUGUGUGCCUUUCUUUUAUGUCGCAGGGGAGGAGAAUCCAUGUACUGAGAUAUGUGAUCAAGUCCCUGUGACUGAUUCACCAGAAAGUUCCGAGAGCACAGAUUCACCAGAAAGUCCAGAGAGCACGGAAUCGCCAGAAAAUGAUUGUUUGGGAAUAACUGGAAACUGGUUUCUCAAAGACAUUUUUGACAAUACCAAAUUCUACCAAUGUGACAAUGGGUUACCUGUCCAUAGGGAUUGUGCCCCUGGAAGUUGUGUGCCUUUCUUCUAUGUCGCAGGGGAAGAGAAUCCAUGUACUGAGAUAUGCGAUCAAGUCCCUGUGACUGAUUCACCAGAAAGUUCAGAAAGUACAGAUUCACCAGAGAGUUUAGAAAGUACUGAUUCACCUGAGAGUCCAGAGAGCACAGAAUCACCAAAUGGUUGUUUGGGAGUUACUGGAAACUGGUUUCUCAAAGAUAUUUUCGACAAUACUAAAUUCUAUCAGUGUGACAAUGGUUUACCUGUCCAUAGGGAUUGUGCCCCUGGAAGUUGUGUGCCUUUCUUCUAUGUCGCAGGGGAGGAGAAUCCAUGUACUGAGAUAUGUGAUCAAGUCCCUGUGACUGAUUCACCCGAAAGUUCAGAGAGCAUAGAUUCACCAGAAAGUCCAGAGAGCACGGAAUCACCAACAAAUGGUUGUUUGGGAGUUACUGGAAACUGGUUUCUCAAAGAUAUAUUCGACAAUACUAAAUUCUAUCAGUGUGACAAUGGUUUACCUGUCCAUAGGGAUUGUGCCCCUGGAAGUUGUGUACCUUUCUUCUAUGUCGCAGGGGAAGAGAAUCCAUGUACUGAGAUAUGUGAUAAAGUUCCUGUGACUGAUUCACCAGAAAGUUCAGAAAGUACGGAUUCACCAGAAAGUUCAGAAAGUACCGAUUCCCCAGGAAGUCCAGAGAGCACAGAAUCACCAAAUGGUUGUUUUGGGGUUAUUGGAAACUGGUUUCUCAAAGACAUAUUCGACAAUACUAAAUUCUAUCAGUGUGAUAAUGGGUUACCGGUGCAUAAAGAUUGCGCUCCUGGGGCAUGUGUCCCAAGAGACUACGUUGCUGGUAGGGAAAAUCCAUGUUCUCUUCACUGUGACCAAAUUCCAGUAACUGCUUCACCAGAAAGUUCAGAGAGAACGGAUUCACCAGGAAGCCCAGAGAGCACAGAGUCGCCAGAAAACGAUUGCUUGGGAAUAACUGGACACUGGUUUCUCAAAGAUAUUUUCGACAAUACCAAAUUCUACCAAUGUGACAAUGGAAUACCUGUCCAUAGGGAUUGUGCCCCUGGAAGUUGUGUGCCUUUCUUCUAUGUCGCAGGGGAAGAGAAUCCAUGUACUGAGAUAUGUGAUCAAGUCCCUGUGACUGAUUCACCAGAAAGUUCAGAAAGUACAGAUUCACCGGAAAGUUCAGAGAGUACUGAUUCACCGGAAAGUUCAGAGAGUACUGAUUCACCAGAAAGUACUGAAAAACCUGGAAGUACAAACGAUUGUUUUGGAAUCACUAUAGAUUGGUAUUUGCAAGAUUUCUUGGACAACACUAAAUUCUACCAAUGCGCUCAUGGAAAUCCUGUCCAUAAAGAUUGUGCUCCUGGGACAUGUGUUCCGAGAGACUAUAUCGCUGGAAGGGAGAAUCCAUGUUCUCUUCAUUGUGACCAAAUUCCAGUAACUGAUUCUCCGGAGAGUCCAGAAAGUACUGAUUCACCAGGAAGCUCUGAAAGUACUGAUUCACCAGAAAGCUCAGAAAGUACUGAUUCACCAGAGAACAACGGAGAUUGUUUUGGAAUCACAAUAGAUUGGUACUUGCAAGAUUUCUUGGACAACACCAAAUUCUACCAAUGCGCUCAUGGAAAUCCUGUCCAUAAAGAUUGUGCUCCUGGGACAUGUGUUCCGAGAGACUAUAUCGCUGGAAGAGAGAAUCCAUGUUCUCUACAUUGUGACCAAAUUCCAGUAACUGAUUCUCCGGAGAGUCCAGCAAGUACCGAUUCACCAGGAAGCUCUGAAAGUACUGAUUCACCAGAAAGCUCAGAGAGUACCGAUUCGCCAGAGAGUAAUGGAGAUUGUUUUGGAAUCACAAUAGAUUGGUACUUGCAAGAUUUCUUGGACAACACCAAAUUCUACCAAUGCGCGCAUGGAAAACCCGUCCAUAAAGAUUGUGCUCCUGGGACAUGUGUUCCGAGAGAUUAUAUCGCUGGAAGAGAGAAUCCAUGUUCUCUACAUUGUGACCAAAUUCCAGUAACUGAUUCUCCGGAGAGUCCAGAAAGUACUGAUUCACCAGGAAGCUCUGAAAGUACUGAUUCACCAGAAAGUGAAGAAAGCACUGAUUCACCAGGAAGUGAAGAAAGCACAGAAAGACCGGAGAGUGGAGAGAAAACUAAACCUGUUUACCCAGAUAAAUGCCUGUCAUUCCAGAAAGAAAAUGAAGGAAAGCGUAGUUCUAAAGAAUCGGGUAGUAGUUCUAGUAGCUCAAGCAGUAGCUCUAGUAGUAGCUCGAGUAGUUCCAGCAGUAGCUCGAGUAGUUCCAGUGACUCCAGUGACGGAGAGAAAGACGAUCAACCCGAAGAAGAACAAUGUUACAGAGGUCUUGGUUGCUUCCACCCAGGUAGAAUAGCUGGUUCGCGAUGUGGAGUACCACUUUAUCCUCGUUCCCCAGAGAAGUUUUGGUUCAAUCUCAGAGGCUUUAGCAGAUACUCCAAGGGACCUGAAUGUGCUGAUGAAUUCAACUACGGACCAACAUUCGAUGCUAAUAAACCAAUCAUCUUCUUGGUUGGCUCAGAACUUGAGGCUGGGGCGGCCUGGCAAGUUCAAGCUCGUCUGGAAUUCUUACGAAAGAUAAAUGCCUACGUAUUCGAAGUCAGUUGGAAAACAAGUGGAAGUUAUCUCCAAGACUCUGCAGAUGCUAAAAUACUGGGUGCCAUGUUGAAUUACAUUAUCGAUGAGAAUCUUCUCGCCGGACGGCAAAGCGCCACAAGGACGUAUUGUGUGGGAUAUGGCAUCGGUGCUCAUAUUUGUGGUUUCGCUGGAAAGAGGGGGACCUUAGGUAGAAUCACAGGGCUUGACCCGUAUGGACCCACAUUUAGCGAGUGUACAUGGGAGAAUCGAUUGGACAAAGGCGAUGCUGAUAUGGUAGACAUCAUUCAUACAGAUGGAAAGAAUGGAAUCUGGACUGAUAUUGGUGAUAUCGACUUCUAUCCCAAUCAGGGUAUCGAACAACCUGGUUGUGAAGAAGUACAACCAACAAGACCACCAAGUGGUGAUCGCGAUGACGUCACUCGACCAACACGCCCUAGUGAUGGACAACGCCCUUCUGACAAAGACGGAGACAAACGUAUUAAGAGAGCUACAGAUGAUGAUUGCGAAGACUUGUGCGAAACAACCACAGAAUGUACUGGCAUAAGCACUGAAUGGUACAUCCAGGAUUCUAACGAUAACACCAAGUUUUAUCAAUGUGACCAAGAACAACCAGUCCACAUGGAUUGUGCACCGGGAUCUUGUGUCCCCUCAGACUUUGUAGCUGGCGUUGAGAAUCCAUGUAGUGAGAGAUGUGACGGUGCCGUUGUAACUAACCCACCAAGACCAACGACAGAUCCACCAAAACCAGUCACUUUCCCGCCAAGACCAUCCACAGAAAAACCAAACAAAUGUACUGGUAAAAUAGAAAAUUGGUUUAUACAAGAUCUAGACGACAAUACUAAAUUCUUCCAAUGUGAGCACGGAGAACCUUUGCGUAGGGAUUGUGCAGCUGGAUCAUGCGUGCCUCAAGAUUUUGGGGAAGGCGCAGACAACCCUUGUACUGAGAGGUGCGAUGGAUGUAUCGGGGAAUGCACUGUGACGACAGAAUGCACUGGUGUUGUUGGGAACUUUUUCCUCCCUGAUCCCGAAGAUAACACUAAAUUCUACCAGUGUGCACAUGGAAAGCCUGUCCAUCGUGAUUGUGGACCAGGAUCAUGUGUACCAAAAGAUUACCUAGCUGGUCUAGAGAAUCCAUGUAGCGAACUAUGUGAAGCCCCAACCACAAAGAAACCAGAGACGAGGCCUCCUGUUACAGAUGCACCUGAAACUCAGCCACCACAAACGAGACCACCUCCAACAAAUCCACCAAAGACAAGACCGCCAACGACUAAGCGUCCAGAAACCCGGCCUCCACAGACUCGACCCCCUCAAACAGAGCGCCCAGAAACUCGACCUCCUCCAACACGACCUCCAAUAACAAGACCAGAAUGCGAUACGUGGUCAUCAUGGAGCGACUGCAGCGCAUCGUGCGAUGGAGGAGUCAGGAAGAGAUUCAGACAGUGCAAACCUGAGUUUAAACCGGAUAGCAUUGAAAGCGCUUCAAGCAGCUCAUGUAGCUCCAGUAGCUCGAGUAGUUCUAGUAGCUCAAGUAGUUCAAGCAGCUCGAGUAGUUCUAGUAGCUCAAGUAGUUCAAGCAGCUCGAGUAGUUCUGGUAGUUCCCGUAGUUCUAGUGAAUCAUCUGAGGAAAAUGAAACUCGUCCACCAACAACUCGCCGUCCUAAGACCCGCCCUCCAACAACAAAACCACCUCCAACUAAGCCACCUACUACACGACAACCUCCAACAACAAGACCACCGACUACCACUCGUAAACUGACUACUCGACCUACAGUCAUAACAACCACGAAAAAGGAUUGUGGCUAUGACGACUGUUCGACAAUUAUAGAAUGUUCUGGCUCAAUCGGGAUGGAUUUCUUUGUACCAGACGCGAAUGACAAUACAAAAUACUAUACGUGCCGCGAGAAUCGGCCAGUAAAUCUCGACUGCCCAGCUGGUCUAUGUGUUCCUGAUGACUUCACCCUAGGUUUUGAGAACCCUUGUACGGAACGGUGCAGUGUUGUAACAGCACGACCAACUCCUAAACAAACUUCAAAGCCUACCAACGCACCCACAGAACCGCCACAGACUGUCACAUCAAUCAUGGAAAAUCAGUGCUUCGGGACAAUAGGGCAGUGGUUCAUUCAGGAUUUCUUCGACAAUACUAAAUACUGGGAGUGCGUAGAUCAACGUCCACACCACCGAGAUUGUGCACCUAAGUCUUGCGUGCCUGGCGACUAUGGUGCUGGUUUCAACAACCCUUGCACAGAACAUUGUGGGGCCACUUCAGAACCAGAUGAACCAUCAGAGGAAGAGGAUUGCUCAGGUAGCAAGAAUACUAAAGGAUGUAGCAAAGAGAGCAGUAAAGAGUCUAGCAAAGAGAGCAGUAAAGAGUGUGGAAGUAAAGGAAGCAAAGGGUGCAGCAAAGAGAGCAGCAAAGAGAGUAGCAAAGAGAGCAGUAAAGAGUGCGGCAGUAAAGGAAGCAAAGGGUGCAGCAAAGAGAGCAGUAAAGAGAGUAGCAAAGAAACCAGUAAAGAGUCCAGCAAAGAGACCAGUGACGAGUGCGGCUCUAAAGGUAGCAAAGGGUGCAGCAAAGAGAGUAGUAAAGGAGACAGUAAAGAGAGCAGCAAAGGAGACAGUAAAGAAAGUAGUAAAGGUUCAAAGGAAGGCAAGGGAAGGCGAAGAAGGGGAACACAAAAAUCUAAGGAAAGUGGAUCUAAAGGUGGCUCGAAGGAAAGUGGAUCUAAAGGGGGUUCAAAGGAAAGUGGAUCUAAAGGGGGCUCAAAGGAAAGUGGAUCUAAAGGGGGCUCAAAGGAAAGUGGAUCUAAAGGGGGCUCAAAGGAAAGUGGAUCUAAAGAGGGCUCGAAGGAAAGUGGAUCUAAAGGGGGCUCAAAGGAAAGUGGAUCUAAAGGAGGUUCGAAGGAAAGUGGAUCUAAAGAGGGCUCGAAGGAAAGUGGAUCUAAAGGGGGCUCGAAGGAAAGUGGAUCUAAAGGGGGCUCAAAGGAAAGUGGAUCUAAAGGAGGUUCAAAGGAAAGUGGAUCUAAGGAAAGUGGCUCGAAAGAAAGUGGAUCUAAAGGGGGCUCAAAGGAAUGUGGAUCUAAAGCGGGCUCAAAGGAAUGUGGAUCUAAAGGGGGCUCAAAGGAAAGUGGAUCUAAAGGGGGCUCAAAGGAAAGUGGAUCUAAAGGAGGUUCAAAGGAAAGUGGAUCUAAAGGGGGUUCGAAGGAAAGUGGAUCUAAAGGGGGCUCGAAGGAAAGUGGAUCUAAGGAAAGUGGCUCGAAAGAAAGUGGAUCUAAAGGGGACUCAAAGGAAAGUGGAUCUAAAGGCGGCUCAAAGGAAAGUGGAUCUAAAGGGGGCUCAAAGGAAAGUGGAUCUAAAGGGAACUCAAAGGAAAGUGGAUCUAAAGGCGGCUCAAAGGAAAGUGGAUCUAAAGGGGGCUCAAAGGAAAGUGGAUCUAAAGGCGGCUCAAAGGAAAGUGGAUCUAAAGGGGCCUCGAAGGAAAGUGGAUCUAAGGAAAGUGGAUCCAAAGGUACCUCGAAGGAAAGUGGGUCUAAAGGAAGUGAAUCGAAGGAAAGUGGAUCUAAAAGUGACAGCAGUAGAUACUCUGACACCUCCAAUUCGGAAUCUUCUGAAGAGAGUGGUCCAUCCAAGACAACCGAAUGGCAGUUUGAGCGAUGUAAUGUGGAUAGUUGUGAUGCUAUUUUAUGCAACCACAGAAGAGCCAUUGACUACUUUGUUGAGUCGAUAAACUCUGAUUGCAUUUUCGAAUCAAUCCAGUGUAGUUUGGAAGAUGUACGAGCCGGAAACUGCCAAAGUGACUCUGGUGAAAGUGUGGCAGGUCCACCAAUGGGCUAUAACACAGAGCGAGUACGCUCCAGAUUGAACACAUUCUAUGUCGAAACAAAUGCUAGUCCAAGAUACUGUAUUCAGCCACCUCCACCUAUGAAUGUAACAGUCGACAUUUCAUAUGAAACAGACAUCGACGGAUGCCCUGAUCCUGAAAAACAACGCUGCUUUCUAGGGAACUUCCAUAGUCUGGUUGACAGCAUAGGAAUCCCAGACAUUUGCACAUGUAAAUCCGAUGUACAGUAUUUGUGUAAUCGAGCAUAUGAGUUCGAUAUUUCAUUGACAAUAUCCGGCAGCAAGAUUGACAGGGAGACAUUCAGGAUUGUUGAUAUGGUCAAGGAUGCUGUGAAGGGGGCAGUUGGAUUUGAUUGUGACUUCAUAAAAGCCGUAUCCAUAAUUGGGGAUGAACCUGAUUCGUCUACUGAAAGUGGCUCCGGUGAGGAGAGUGGAGACGAUAACUUGACAACUACUGCACCAACAAGAGCACCGAUCACACGUGCACCCACCACACCCGCACCCACAACAAAACUAGCAACAACCACACUGGCACCCACAACUCCAAUCACCAAAAAGAUGCUGGUCACAACGGUAGAGUACCUCGCUGACUCUUGCCCUUCGACCAUGGACCAAAUAUUGCUCAACUCUGCCCUGUCUGUUAUUGUCACUGGUUUUGAUCUGUAUUCAAUCUGUGAUGACUGUACCUCCGAGACUAGCCUUGGGUACUCCUGCACGGUGGGCGAGCCUGGAUCUGUCACUAUCAGUGGCAAGUGUAUCGUACGUGGAACUGAUCGAGCCAAGCUGGAAAGUGUCGGUCGCGCCAUUAAACCCGUCCUGGAGCUACAGAACAAUCUUCCAACUGGUUUCACUGUCCAAGCCGUAGUUGUAGGCGAUGUUGAAGUACUACCGUAAAAGGAGCAUACAGACCAGUGAUAACCAAAAAUGGACAAUGUCAAAAUAUAUGACUGAAAAUGUAUAGUUGCUCAAUCACCAAAUUAACUUAUUUUUAUAAAUACGUGUGACAAAUCUGUAUAUUAUUAUGACUUUGAUUGACUAAUGUAUGUUGGAGUAGCAGUGUCCAUCAUGAUCGUUUGGCAACAAAAGGAAAAAACAUACUUCGGAGGGAUGAGCGAUUCACCUCUUGGUUCAUACCCUCCCAUCACUAGGUUUAGAUCACUUAUAUCAAAGCCAGUUUAUGCUCGGCGAAUUUUAAAAAAUCAAAUUUCUCAUGAAUUUCCAAAUUAUUGUAAUAAACGAAAAAUGAAAGAUUCAAUCUUUGACAGACUUUAGUAUGCUUUGUUAUCAAAUGAAUCCUUCCGAUCGUUUAAUGGAGUGAAAUGUAUGAGAAGUCCCUGUUACAAAUUGUUAGAAACAAGAAACCUCAUUUUAGAAUCCUCUGAAUAACAAUUAUCUUUUUCCAGACUAUAUUAUAUUAAAUCCAUUUUGUUCACAUUACGAACUUGAACUCAAAACGAGAAUGUAACACGUACAAAAUGCAAACAAUUAAAUGAAACUGAAUACCCACUAAAUAAUGAAUACGAUGAAUAAUGUAAUUUAUGUUGAUAACGCAGAGAUUCAGUAAUGAGAAAUAAAGAAUUUAAUUAAGAC